AUGAUUGCAAGCAACUGGCCACAGCCUCCCAUCCUGUCGGUGGACCAACUUCGCCUCGCCCUCUCCUCCAUAUGCGACGGUGGCUCGCCCAGCAAGGCGCUGCAGUUCCUCCUCAAUGCCACCGCCCAGGGCAAGGGCUUGAUGGAGCAUGUGGUGUACUCUCAGCAAAUGGCUUUUAAAGGAAGAUCGUUGGCCAGCACCAAGUACUAUGGCAUCCGGGGCAUCGAGCGCACAUGGUUCUACGAGUGGUUUGGGCUCAUGCUGGCAGUGCAGCGCCAACCUGUCAUUCUGCACAUCGAGGCGUCCACUCCCUCCUUCCAAGGCUACGAUGGGGUAAGGCACCCUCCUUCCAAGACUACGAUGGGGUAA